CCGCUCGACGACGACGCUCCCGCGGGGCCCCCGCCUGAGGAGGACGCGGCGGCGGCGAGGCCGCGGGAGGCCGCGGGGGAUGGAGGAGCGGAAGGAGGAGGGCGAGGCCGAGAUCCAGGAGCACGGGCCCGAGCACUGGUUCUCCAAGUGGGAGCGGCAGUGCCUGGCCGAGGCGGAGCAGGACGAGCAGCUGCCCCCCGAGCUGCAGGAGGAGGCGGCGGCCGCCGCGCAGCCCGAGCACAAGCAGCAGAAGCUGUGGCACCUCUUCCAGAACUCGGCCACCGCCGUGGCCCAGCUCUACAAAGAUCGAGUAUGUCAACAGCCAGGACUUUCUCUCUGGGUCCCCUUCCAAAACGCAGCCACGGCCGUCACCAACCUCUACAAAGAAAGCGUGGAUACCCAUCAGCGAAGUUUUGAUAUUGGAAUUCAGAUUGGCUAUCAGCGACGCAAUAAGGAUGUGUUGGCUUGGGUUAAAAAACGCAGAAGAACUAUUCGUAGAGAAGAUUUGAUCAGCUUCCUGUGUGGAAAGGUUCCUCCACCACGAAACUCUAGAGCUCCCCCAAGACUGACUGUAGUGUCCCCUAACCGAGCUACUUCAACGGAAACUAGCUCAUCUGUAGAGACUGAUUUGCAACCCUUCCGGGAAGCCAUAGCCCUGCAUGGUCUUAGUGGUGCAAUGGCUAGUAUAAGCGUGCGUUCGAGUACCCCAGGCUCUCCUACACAUGUAAGCAGUGGAUCGAAUGCUAGUCGAAGGAGAAAUGGACUCCAUGAUGUCGAUUUGAACACUUUCAUAUCAGAAGAAAUGGCACUCCACUUGGACAAUGGUGGAACUAGAAAGCGUACCUCAGCCCAGUGUGGCGAUGUCAUUACAGACUCACCAACCCAUAAACGCAACAGAAUGAUCUAAACCGCAAACAUUUUCACACCCACCAUGCUGCUUGAGAGCCACUUGAUCCUCAACAUAUACUAUUAUUGCAAAGGAAACAUGAGGCCAUCUUCCCUUGUUCACUGUUUAAGACAAGUGAAUUCUAUAGUGGUUGCCAUAAAAGGAAGGUCUAGGUAUUUACAGUAGAUGCCUCUUGUAACUAUGGCUUUCUCUCAAAACUAUAACCCUAGCAGAGGACAUCAGAUAUUGUAUAGUCAUUAGCAAGAUCAUCAUAGAUAGGCAAACAUAUCCGUUCCAAGGCUAAAAGUGACCUUAACUGUAUUUAUUCUCAAAGGGAAAGGAAAUAUCAGAUGUUUAUUUGGUUAUAGAAUGCUUUUUUUUUUCCCUCGUAUCUUCCUUUUCUCCUUUUUUGGGGGUCCAUUUCCUGCUGUGUUAAUUUUGUUUCAACAGUAUUGCCAGGUUCUUAUAAUUGUCUAAAAACAUGAUUUGGCUUCCUCGUCAAAUCCACAGGCUUCCAUUUUUGCAACCGGCACUGUACCAUGCACCUGGUUUUUAGUUAGUUUUUUUUUUUUCUUCCAGUUUCUAAUUCUGGUAAUUGUGUGAUGUAAAGAGGUGCUAUGAUGGUCAUGCAAUUAAUACUUAAUACUGAAUCAAUAUACAGAACUCUAUUGGAUUCACUUUGUGUGUCUUAGUGCUCUAAAAAUAGCAAUAUGAUUAAACUGCCCCAGAUUAACCCUAUAGGCUUCAAAUACUCAGUUUUCAGACAAGUACUACUUCCUGUGGGGGCUUUUUUCCCUAGGGUAAAUGGAAACUGUCUAGACUGCAUUCGAGGGGACGUGAAAGAGGGCAUGACCUUUGAGAGUGGGCUUCCUUUUUGGUUCAGUGUUGGCUGGUGGGAGAUGGAUAGUGGGGCUCGCUAUUCUAAUCUUGCCUGUCCUGUUUUCAGUUUUCAUGGAUGCCCCACUGUUCAGUUUCCAUUGUAGUGGGUGAAAGAUGACAGAGCUCUUGUUUUACCAACUACUAAUGUGAUCACAACUUACUCUACCUUGUCCCUCCUCUCCUCAGAAGUACAGUUUGGAAUCUCAUCCUGGAAAACGAUGGAAUCGCAUGGAGGUUCUCUAGACAUUAGUUAGAUCUCAAUAAAAGUGCUCAUUAGAGUCCUCUUUGGGUAAAUGUAAGACCUCUUGUAGCUACAGCGUUUUAGAGCAUGCUUCAUCUUCAUUUUUACUAUCUUGACUUGAAUGAUAGUCUUUUUUUAGAUGAAGAACUGAUGUCAGCCUGCCAGGUACUGUAAUUUAUUCUAUCCUAUUAUUAUAUUAUAUAUCAAGUUAGGACAGUGAAAAAAAUGUUUCCUUGCAGACUUAGUCCAGUAUCAGUUACUUCCUGUUCCUUAAAUGACCAUUGCAAAUCAGUGUAAGGGUUUUUCAAGUAAUUACUCACAGCACUUUGUUAAAAGUUUGCAAUUUUUUCAGCCAUUUAAUAAUACCUUUCUGUGAAGAAACUUUGCUAAGUUAACCAUUAUUGAUUGGGUGGGAUGUGAGUGGAAUGUUAGAAAUGUGGUGUGAAUUGAAGUUCUAUAUUAUUAGAUAUAGCCCUUAUUUAAAACAGUGAAACUCAGACUCAAACUAGGAAUGAAAGUGAGGUAUUCCACGAUUUAUUUUUUUUUCAAAAGUGGAUCAUUUUUUUGGGUUUGUUUGAGUAUAAUAGCAGGAAGAAUUAUAGCAAUCUGUCAUUUUACCUGAAACGGACAAGCCUAUGUAUUUUCAAGUUUCCCUUUGGAAUAUUCAGAAAGACAUUUUGAGUUAUCUUUGCUUUUUUGUCUUUGUGCAUUUAGUCUGGAUUUGGGUUUCGGCAGUGUGAGGUGUUGCCCCUGAGAGGCCAGAGCUCCGGUUCUGAAGGGUUUUGAGAUAAUCCCCCACAUCUUGGUUCUAUUUCCUCUCUCCAAGUUGAAUAACAAUAUUUUUGGUUGUUUUGUUUAAGUUGGUGCUCUGACGCUUAAUCUUAGGGCCCUUUACUCUCAGUUGUCAAAUUUUGAUAAAACAUGUGCCAUUUUCUUUGGUAAGAGAAAGCAGGUCUUAAUGUCUGCCAGAACACAGUUUAUAUGCCCAUUGGCUCCAUUAAACUUUUUAAAAACUUUAGCAUCCGUUACUUUUUUCCACUGCAUUAAUACCAAAUGCUUCUUGUCAUCUCAUUGUCCGCUUCCCUCCGGUCUCUGACCCCACUGCACGGAACAGCCCUGCGGGCUUCCUGGUCACAAAGGGAAAUGAUUUCUAAUUUUGGAGAAUUUUAGUCUUGACAGCUUAGUUCAAAAUUUUGUGCCUGUUUAAAUGCAAAACAAAUCAUGAAAGAUUGCACAAUUGUUUGGUACUUUGAAAAAAAAAUAACAUUUUCUUUUCAGCCUUUUUUUCCUUUUUGAGACAGGGUUUUGCUAUGUAGCCCCUGCUGGCCUCGACCUCUUACUCCUCCUCCUGCCUCAGUCUCUGGGAUGCUGGGUGUAGAGAACAGAACAGGCUCAUUUCACGCCUGGAGGUUUGUGUGGGGAACGCUUCCUUCGUGAAGGGGCGGGUCUAAUUCUUAGUUCAGCUCCUGUUGCCCUACUUCACACCCUGAUCUGUUCGCGUCUGCACUGCAGCGUUCUGAGCGUGGCUAAUACUAAAGAACUUUAUUAUGAUGUUUAGUAUUUUGCACAGCAAAAGUAAUGGAAAGCAUUUGGCUAAACCUAAAGACCUGCAAGACAGCUUACUUCUUCAAUGUGAUUUACCCAACUGGAAUAGUGACACACAUCUUUUAAAUCAUAAAGUGAAUAAAUCAUUGAAGAUAACAA